AUGCGUAGAGGAUUUGCUUAUUCGAAGCCUUCCAAUUUCGAGCCAACUGUUCGUUUUCCGACUGCCUCGGGAUUUAUGGGUGCCGUUCCACCCCCAGCUCAGUUGACAAUUCCGAAUGCUGCUGCUGUUGUGAGCGAUGCUAUGACCAAAGAUCUUGAACGCAAGAAGGAAGAACAGUACGAUGCUUUGAUGUCGAAUGGUGGGAAAUCCACAACUGGCAAGCCUGAACCGCGUAAGAAGAAAAUCUACGAUGACGAGUAUUUGGAGAAAGAUUCAGACGAUGAGUUAGAAUAUCAGCCUGUACCCGGAAGCCCUGGAGCAAAUGCAGCAUCCAUCGGUGAUGAUGGUGGUGGUGUUAACGGUGACGAAGAGGAAGAUCCAUUGGAUGCUUUUAUGGCAGGAGUUGAUAAACAGGCAAAACAAGAUAAAGCAGAAAGUGAAAGAAAGGAUAAAGAACGAUGCGUAAAAAUAGAGAAGGGUACUGAUUUAGAAGAUGAUAAAGAUAAGGGGCUGGGACGGGCGGACAUUGAUGAUGAGGAUAUGCAAGAAUCGUACUUCAAAUUUAUGGAAGAACAUAAAACAAACACACUUGAAGAUGAAAUAUAUGAAUACGAUGAAGAUGGUAAUAUAAUUUGGACAUGGAAAAAAGUGAUCGAUCCACUUCAACCGAUUGAUCAUGCAGCAAUGGAAUAUGCAUCAUUCAACAAAAAUUUUUAUCAUGAACAUGAACAAAUAAAGUAA